GGACCCUAUUUAAUUACUAGCGGUCUACGCGACACUCUCUCAUGAUAUCGCAUUAUUGUAAUGGCCGCCGUUAAGCGUUCUCCAUGAAGUCGUCGUUCACGAUCACAAUUUUCACAGAGUCAUCUCCUCUCAUCAAUAGCCACUAGUAAAAUUUUGGAAACUUUUCCACCCUCAGAAGUGUGAAAGAAAUCGUAGUGAUAUUCAUGAAAGUAAUAUACCUAGAAUGAUUAUUUUGAUUUGACGUCUCAGUGCUACUUUCCGUGUCUUCCACUGUUUAUGCAUCAAGAACGGUCAUUUCCACCCAAAAAGCAGUCUCGUAAACAAACAACACUAACGACAAACUUGUGAAAGUGUUAUUGUGCAACCAGAGCAACUAAAAAUUAAUCCAAGUGAAUGAAGUGUAAAGAACUCUUCAAAAGAGUGCCAACAUAUAUUAUCGAUGCUCCAGAACUAAUAAACAAAGUCAUUCAUGUGACAUCUACAUGAACGACUGGUCCAGAUCAUAAAAAUUGCAACAAUUUCAUUUUGUAGUUAAGAGAAAGUAAAUACAAGUUAUUUUGUUCAACGAGAAAAAACAAUCCUAGCAGCAGUCGAAAAUGACUGACUUCAAGAGAUUUACCGCUGAUUGGGCAUCCCCGUGCUCUCCGCACUGACCAAGUCACUCCAAACAAUGUUAUCAAACGUGUCAGGCAGCUCAAACACACCAGGCCCACCUGAGAGCCCUGAAAAAUCUCAGAAAAAAUCGCCAAGUACGUGUUCAUCAUAUUUCAAGACAAAUGAGUUAACAAAACCUCCGUCAGACGAUAGGGCGAGACUCUGGAGGUUUCGUGAAUCUCCAAUAUUGGGCUCUGAAGUCCCAGCCGGUCCUGAAGCCCAAAAUCCUCAACCCGGUGACAGUAAUAGUCCCAAACACCUGGAUGAGCAAGUGCCAAAAUCACCUCCAGUUGUAAUCACAGCACUCCAGAAAUGCUCUUCAGCCUUAAAUUGCCGAGUGAUUACUGAUAAAACAAGAGAAAUAGUCACGGAAAGUAAUUCAACACCUAGUGCUUCCAUUUUAUGUAGAAAAUCAUCGAACGAUGGAAUUAAGAGUAAAUUAAUUGUUAAAAAUACUGUGCCAAAUCGGAGAUCGGCAUUGACAAUAAAAUCAAGUGAUGGUGUGAGUGACAAGUGUAGUGAUGAGGAUAGGGAAUUGAAUUCUUGUGAUUUGGUGGUCAAUUAUUUAGCUGACAUGAAGAAAGAUCAUAAGGGUAGAAAUUUUCAGAAUUCCAAUUGUGGACAAUUUGCAUUGAAUGAUUUUAUAACGAGAGAUGGAAAGACUCGUGGUGGUGUUGAUGAAGACAAAACACAGGGAAGAGGUGGUGAUGAGACUCGGGAGUGUGUUAGCAAUUACUUGUUGACACACUCCGAAUUGCCGACUGAGCUACAGUCUUCCCAGAGGUGUUACAAGGAUAGGGAGAGAACUAGUGAUCCUUGGAGGCCUACUGAGCUCGAAGGAUUCAUGGGAUGUGUGGAGAAGAGUGUUGGAGAGGGUGAUGGUAGCAAGAGAAGGACUGGUGCUUCUUGUCAGGCACUGAGACAUGCUGUGGCCUCGUUGAAUCGAUUGGAUGAUUUUUAUAUGGAAAAAAUUGGAGCUGGAUUCUUUUCUGAAGUUUACAAGGUCACUCACAAGGUAACGGGACAAGUGAUGGUCCUCAAGAUGAAUCAAUUACCUGCAAACAGGCCAAACAUGCUUAAAGAAGUACAAUUAAUGAAUAAACUUAGUCAUCCUAACAUACUUAGGUUCAUGGGAGUUUGCGUCCACGAGGGUCAACUCCACGCACUGACAGAAUACAUAAAUGGAGGUAGUCUGGAGCAGCUUAUAAUGGCAAGGCACACACCCCUGAGUCACUCGACACGAAUGAACCUCGCCCGGGAUGUGGCACGUGGUAUGGCCUACCUCCACAGCAGAGGAAUUUUCCACCGUGAUUUGACAUCGAAAAAUGUCCUGAUAAAACGAGACGAAGCAAACGGGCAUUUGAUAGCUGUGGUUGGAGAUUUUGGAUUAGCCGCUAAAAUACCCGAUCCCAAUUCAGGAUAUCGGCUGAGCACAGUGGGGAGUCCCUACUGGAUGUCACCAGAGUGUCUCAAGGGCCAAUGGUAUGAUCAUCGAUCGGACAUAUUUUCAUUUGGAAUUGUUGUCUGUGAAUUAAUUGGACGAGUACCUGCUGAUCCUGAUGUUCUACCACGCUCCGAUAAUUUUGGACUUGAUUAUCUUGCUGUUGCUGAAAUAUGCGCCGCUGCUGAUCCACCACCUGCCUUUUUACAACUUGCCUUCAAUUGUUGCACAUAUGAACCAAAGUCACGUCCAUUGUUUCCCGAAAUUGUAACGAUUCUCGAUAAUUUAAUUUCCGAGGAGCAAAGUAAAGGAAGCCUAAGUAGUCGACAAUCAGUUGAUCCAGCUUUGAUAACGAGUAUGGAUGAAAUAGCGAGAAUAGGAAGAUCAUUGAGAAGACGAACGGCAAAGCACAGGAGUUUAUCAGCUGAUGCUCGUGGCUGCAAUAAUGCUACACCAUCUGAUAAAGCAAGAUGUCAUUCGGCGAGACGAAUUGCUGAAUUAGCCAGUCGAAGGGAUCCACAUUAUCGUCCGAUGACUGCCAAUCCUUUUCAUGCUCUCGGUGGAGUUAAGAAAAUACUUGGGGAUUUAUUCUCAAGCUGUCUGGAGCUUCCCUCUCUCGAAGAUGUAAGGCCCAGUGUUACUGAUGGUAUCACUUGCAAAUUCAAACCCGCGCAGAAUGAUAGUAUUGCAAAAAUACUGGACAGGAAGAAACCUAGUUCGGAGCCUAGCAGUCCUACUGCAAGAAAGAAAUGGGAAAAAAAGGUUGCAACAAAGGUAGGAGUAGCGAACCUUUUUACUCAUCCACUCUUCCGAGAGAGUUGGGAACCUCGUCGUCGGCUGAGCUGUGAGUCAGGCUUCUGGAGCUGCGUCGGUGAGGAUUUAAGCCCCGAACCUCCGCACCGUCGUCACGCCUCUACUCUCAGCAGCUCAGCAGCUAGCAGUCUCUUUCUCUUAGACGAUCACCGAACAAGCUCAAUAUACACCGAUUCCUCGGAGGACAUUGCCAGCCUUGGGGGCGGGGACUCAUCGUGCUGGGAGGACAGAUUCGGAGGUAUUGGCUCAUCCAGUAAAACUAUUUCAAAAAUUGUCGAGUACUUUGAGAGGAAGCAAGCAACUGCUGGGGCUCUCAGAAUUGGCUUUGAUCAUACAAUAGAGGCUACACCCAGUAGACUCAGUUUUUUACGUGCCAGCCUCGAGGGAACUGUACCUCUCUGUAAUAUUUCAGCUGCUCAGAGACUCGUCGUUUGUGAGGGCGCUGUUAGAAGUAAAUUACCCCUUUUUGAUAAAAAGUGACUCUUUCGACGCUUUCAAAACUGAAUUGUGAGAUUUCUCUUGAUUGCUUUGGAGAUAUUAUUAUUUCAUUACUCAUUAAUAAUGAGAUUACUGAACGAUGCUCGAGGAUUCUGACUUCACCACGAAUACCGAUCAGUAAGUUAUGCGAUACGUACUUUUUCUCAUCGCUCUACACCAACGGUCCCCCUAAUCAGAGGGUAAGUGCUACUGCAGUCCUGAAUUAUGCUGCCUAAGUAGCUGGAGAUAUUAUUGCUAUAUAUUAUUAUUAUUAUUAUUAUUAUUAUUAUUAUUAUUAUUAUUAUUAACCAUUUUUAUUCUAUAGUAGAAUUGAGGGGAGAGAGUUUUGAAUUAAAGAAAAAUAUUUCUUGGGAUAUUAUGAUUUUUCACGUGUAUGUAUAGAUUGUAAUAUCAAUAUUUCAGCUGUUAGCCAAUCCAGGGGAUAAUUUUUAAAGCUCUGUUUUGAUGGAUGUUUUAAUUUUUUUUACAACAUCAGCAAAAUAAUGAGCUCGUUUGAUUUUUACUUUUCUUUACUACAGAUUCUCCACUGAAAAUCGCUCGAGAAAUCAGUUGAACAGGCCCAUCAACGUAUGCCAUUAGCAUAAAUUAUUCGAGAUAACAUUUUGCCUUCACUUUCAACCGGUAAUAAAUGAGUAAAUCAGUUAAUUUUAUAAUUAAACAAAUUCUGAAAUUGAGGUAAUUGUUAACAUGUGAAUUUAUGCUCAAAUUGAAGCUGAAAAAUUCAUUUCUUAUUUCUCGAAAAUAAUGCACUCGUCAAUUUCUUCCUGAAGUUAUGAGAUUUUCAAUGUGACUGUGAUGUUUUCUGCUAAUGUAAUGGUAAAAAUUGAAUUUGGGAGUUUUGAUAAAUCCUUAAGCCUCCGUCCUCUAUCUAAUAGUGAUUUUUUCGAGAAAAAAAAAUGAAUGUGCACUUCGUAACACCCUCGUUCACAAUCAGAGUUAGCAAAGGACCAAUAAACAAAGAAAUCAAUUUUUUUAUUGAUGUUCUGAUUAUUACAAUAGAUGCUAGUGAGUGAUGCAAAGAAAUGAAUAAAUAACUUAAAUCGAACUUGGCGUGUAUCUUCGGAAGUUAUGAGUUUACAAGUAAAUAGUAUGAAAAAAUCUCCAUUUCCAGAAGCUUCCAAAAAUAGAUUGACAAGUUUUUUAAUCAUCUCAUUGUAUCACUUCACACACAGUUUCAUGAAUUUCUGUCACAGAAAAGAAAACAAUAUUAAGAAAAUGAAGAAGGUGGAUGGUAUUUAUUAGGACAAUUUACAAUUAUGGUUCAUUAUUUACAGAUAAUUGCUAGAUGAAAAUCGUUCUCAUUAAUUUUGUUGAAUUUAGAUGGAAAGUGAAUGUUAUGGGAUUCUAGUGUUGUGAAGUAUUAUUGACACAAAUCGUGUUUGAAAGCGUCUAAAUGAAACUGGUCUAGUCAGUGUAUUAAAGUGGCGGCCUUAUAUUUUGUAAAACUGUAGAUGUUAAGCAAGAAAAUUUCGAAUAACUAAAUUUAUGGAAGCAUGACGAUAAAAAGUUGGAGUAAGGGUAUUAGAUGCUAUAAUUCUGUAAUUACACGAAAAUAAGGAGUUUAGGAAAUGUAUCUCAACAAUAUGAAAAACAAAAAAAAAAAGAAAAGUUGAACAUUUUUGUUGUACAUUCGGUCAAUACAUAAUGAUGAAUUUUUCCAUCCAUGGUUUACAACGAUCCUGGAUUGUCCACAAUUGAGAUCGUCUCAUUGGUAAGUGAUGUUGCAAACUUAUACCAAGAGAUAUUCUUUGGCUUUCACGGAAAUUGACAAUUAAUAUCUCUCGAUAGUUUCAUCACAUAUCGCUUAUCCUCCAGAUUUUUCCGUAUCUUCCCGUCUAUUCAUUUUAUAGUACAAAAAAUUACAAUUCACCUGCGUAAUGGAAUUUUAGGACUAUUUUUCACUGUGAAUUACAGAAUUUCUAGUUUUUGUUAACGGAGGAAAAUUCAUCCAAAAUCAUUAGAAGAAAUUGUAAACAUAGGUCGGAUCUUGUAUUUUAUAUAAAUAUGAAACAUACAGGUUUUUAACUACCCCAAUAUUUAUAAUAAAAUUAGUAAAAAAAUAAUAAUGUGAUUGAUUUUAAAGGGGUCAAAGUGGAAGAGAAGACACCACGAUGCGGAGGAAUAUAUCAAGAUUUCUUUUUAAUCAAUGAUGGGGAAAGGCUUAAUACAAAUUUCAUAGCUGUUUACCAAAAUCCAUUGAAGUCAAUCUAUUUUUUUUUUAUAGACACAACACAAAUGGGUAGUUGACAGUUUGUCAAAGAAAAGAGAAAUCAUGUCAGUGUAUUCGAUAAAUGAGGAUAAACUCGGCUCAUAUAAGACUGCAGUUAUAGUCAUGAAAAUAAACCGUACAAAAUCCCUCGGCGUUUCCUUGAAUUCAAAUCAAUUGUUUUUGCCGUGAAAUAUUUUCUCUGCAAUCGGAAGUGACUGGGGAGGAGGGAUAUUCGAGUUGCCAAGAUAAAGUGUCCAGAUACCUGAGAAAAUUCAUUAAUUUAUUGGAGAAUUAAUAUUAUUAGGGUAUUCGGAAUGAUUAAAUUAUUAGAUUAAAAUUAUACCAUGUGAACCGAAUAAUUUGCAACUAUUUAAAACCUCAUUUUGAUGCUAUCACGUCUAACAUUAUUAUUAUUUGGCUUCAGCAUUGCUAUGAGGAUGUUCAAAUCUGUCUGGGAGGAGCACAAUCGUUGAAGGAUUUUAUUUUUUUAUCACGAAAAAAUAUAAAAAAAUUAUUUUUAAUUGGUCGGACAAUCAAUUAAAAAUUGAAAUAGGUUCUGAUCUCCUUGUUCUGAUAAUGGCGAGGAUACUUGCGGGCUCCCGAACACGCAACACUCCGGAAGCCAAUAAUAAUAAACUUCCAAACAUUUUUCGUUAAAAAAAUUCUAUUUGGAAGCAAACACCUUUUUGGAAAAUUAAAUACUCAUCAGAUUGACAAACGAUUUCCUUAGUAAUGAGCACCCGUAUCUAUUCAGAGAACAAAUCAGUGGUGAAGAUGUAAAGAAGUAACAAGUUGGCUUUAAAUUUGGUUUUUUGACUCUUCGUUUAUCUUGACAUGAAAGUUCCUGGCAACAAUUUCUCUUGACAUUUCUUGGAAUAACCACUCGAUAUUGAAAGGAAAUUGAUUGGGUAAUACUUGAAUGGUUAAUGACCGUUUUGUUACACUUUACCACUUCAUUGCUGAAUUUGUGUUUUCAAAUGCUACAAAAAAAAACAAAAUUAUUAAUGGCACUGCAAGUGAAGUGAAUUAUUUGAAAGGACAUAUCAUGAGGGAGCAUAUCGCGGCAUUCAUUGACAAAAAAUGAGAGUUUUAGACCAACAAUGAAAAUAUUAGGCAAAAAGGGAAGUAGCUAAUUAAUGAAAGGGCAAAAAAUCGUUGAAAAAUAUACAUAAACACUUGAAGUGAAAAAAUGAUAAGUGAAUUGUCAUGGGGGAGGAAAAUUUCUUUUGAUAUCGAAAAUGGUGGGAAAAGGCAUUUUAAGAAAAUUAAGAAAAAGGUAAGAAGAAGAAUAAAAAUAGAGAAAUUGGCGUUAUUGUCGUAUUCUACAUAAAACGAAUCAUUUCUUCCACGCAAAUUUCGCUAUUGUUCAUGGAUACGAGAGCUACUGUCUCACUAAUCGUAUUAAUAAAAAUGUAUAUAUUAUAUAUACUUAAUAUCAAUAAAGUGAAGAAAAACGAAAGACACAGGGAUUAUUGUUGUAAUUGUCUUAGUCUCCAAGUUCUACAAUAAAUACAAAAAAUAGUAACAAUCGUAAUUUGCAGCGUAAUGUAUGAAGUAAUUUAUAAAUUAAUUAGGUGUAUAUUUUAUAAUACUUCCCAUUUAUUAUUAUUAUUGAAUUGAGAUUAGUGAUUAUACAUUUAAAAACAAGUUGAUAGGCAACUAUUUCCGGAAAUUGAAUAAUUCCUGAGUCUGUUACCUUAUAGAGUUGAGAACAAUAAUCAAAAUUCUUAUCCGUUUCAAAUAUCUCUUUUUUUCUAAUUUAUCCAAGAAAAAUUUAUAUUGAACAAAAAUUCUAUCAACAAAAUGGAAAAUACUAUUACACCAAUUGUUUGUUUGAACCGCAUUUUUGGAUUUUGCUUUUUCCUUGUGAAAUAAAUUUCUUGGCGUCGGAUUCCUGAAUUACUGGUCCCGUUCUUCACAAAGUAGAAUUUUCUAACAUUUCUCUCUAAGCAAACUCAUUAGUCGGAUGCCCAAAACAAUCUGUACAAUGUCCAAAAAUUAAUUUUGGAAGCGGUAUAAAAUCAUCGCUCUUCUCUUUCGUGUAGUCUCCCCUUCCUUCCCAUGUCUUCCUCAGGUAUUAGAGGGAUGUACCUAGUCCUAGGAUCCGUCUUCCUCUCAUAGGCAUACGGAAAAGCCAACGACUUGGUCGCAAAACUUCUGAAGCUACUCCUCAUAUCCACCAUAUUCUCAAUUUUCUCAACGUGCGGCGAAAUUUCCUCAGUCGUCGAAAUUAUUGCCCGAUUAUUUUCCCUCUCUUUAGCAGUCAAACGCACAUUGGGCUGAAUAUCAAUCAGCGGAAUAAAUUUUCGCGAAUCUUUUUCAUCAUUAGAAUUCACAUUAUCACUGGACGGUAAAUUUGCAACGUUUUGAGAACUUAAAAUUGAAGUAUCGAUUUUUCCCCGAUUAAUUAUCGGCACCCAAGCAUCAACAACAUGCGUUUCCUCCUCUUUAACACUUUCACUAUCUUUUAUCAUUGAAGAGCUACUCUGAAAAGUUGUCUCGUGAGGUUUUUCAUUCUGUUGAAUUUCUAGUAAUUCUUUUCCCUCUCGUUUAAUCCACUUGCCCUCCGAAUUAUCAGAGCUCCUGAAAGUGCUAGCAUUCUUAUCAUCUCUAUUAUUUUGAGAUACUGUAAUUGGAAUCCAAUCUUCCUUCUUAUCUCCUGAAAUAUCACCGCUGAAUCUGUUUUCACCCCCUUGAUCGGACCAAUUUUUUUCCGCAUGUUUAUUAGAAUCUUCACUUGGCUUAUUAAUUUUUUCCUCAUCCUGCGAUAUUUCUGAGAGGGAGGGAAAAUACUUGAGGCGUUCCUUUCGAGAGUUAUUGAUGAAGGAUGGUGUGUAUUGAGAAAUGAGAGGAAGAAGAGUCUGUCGGGCGUAUCUCUCGGCCUGAGCCAAGAUUCCCGCUAAUCUUUCUGGCAGAAACUGCACAGUAAAUCCCACAGACUCAUCGCGCACUUUCUCACCAGGUACCUGGCUUUCUUCAGGGCCUUUAGAACUUGCCUCUGAGUUUUGUCGCGUAGUUCUAGGUCUCAAAAUAGGCUCCGUAAUCUCAGGAAGUCGCAUGGACCUUCCUGUCUCCUUCUUCUUGGCCUGAAGAACUGGCUCUUGGAUUUCUGAGUGGUAUUUGCUAUUUUGAGGUAAAGAUGUACGAUUCUCGAGAUUGUUGGAGGACUUGAAAGCUGGGGGAAUGUAGGAUAAGCUGGAAAAGCCACGACCCGACUCAGUUUCAGUGUUGUCAAGUGAGUUUCCAGUGCCGUUGAGAUCUAUGAAGAACCAAACGGUUUGUUUCGACUGUUCUGGUGUAUUUGAUGGAGUUUUGUCAAAUAUUCGAAGAUUCUGAUCCUUCGUGAAAGGUCCUAUGUUUUUGGAGGUACUUGCCCGAUCUAUCGGCAGGUCCACGCUGUAGAUAUCUUUUCUAUCCAAGUUGGAUUGAAAAUUUUGAUCUUUCAUGAAGGGACCUAAAAAAAAAUUAAUGAAUAAAUACAUAUAGCAUGAGAUUUCUUUUAUGAAAAAUUUGACCAUGAUGAUAACGAUAAGGUAAUUUCACAAUUUUUCAACGUUUGGAAAAGAAAAUCGCCUAAAUUAAUUAAGCAGUAUUUGCUUUUAUGUAUUUCCGCGGUUAUUCAAUUUUACCUAUUCCAAUAGUUUUUGUUACAGUGUUACUCUUGCCAGAAUCUUCUGAAUCUUUCGCCUCAUUUGAAGACGAGGUUGUGGUAUUUGACAUUGAAUCGUCAGUGAAAGUAGCUGAUUCUUCGGGAAUAUUGCACUCGCCCGAGUAUAGUGGAAAAUGCACGGAAUGCCCUGAUUCAAGAAUGAGCCCUCUUCGACAGAUCGAUAGGCUCUUUCCAAAGCUAUCGAAGAUAGAGACCUUGUCGAUGCUCCAGGAGACGAGACCGGAGGAUAUCCAUCCACUGUAUGCCGUAUAUUUCACCUAGGAACAAUGUUAUGUUGUUCAGAUAAUUCAGAUACGCUUUCUUUCAUUCAUAAACCAAAAAAUAGGGUUUCAAGCCCUUUUUGUUAAUAUUGGCUAAUUCCUACAAUAAAACGGAUGCAUGUAUUUACCUCAAUAGCAUCUAAAUCAAUAACAACUGGAUGAGGAACGACAAUUUUAUGGAGUAUAGCCCCAACAACCAGUUCUUCAUCAUCCUUUUUUGUCAUGGUGAAAGUCUCGUUAAAGCCCCCAGCGCCAACAAGUGUUACCUGCAGUUUACCAUAACUCCUUGUUGGUCUUUCACUGCGACUAUUGUAAACUUUUAUUUGAUACUGAUGGGCGCAGAAUGGCUCUUCCUCUCUGGUCACCAGAUAUAACUGUCCACGCGCACUAGAGGAGUCCGAGUAAUAGCCCAUGUCUCCGCAAGGUCUGUCCUGACCGCAAGGAAAACAGUCACCUUGGAGUAGACCAUCAUACCCCUUUUCACAGGGAAACGCUGGAAAACGGCAUUUUGGACUGAUGGAGUCGGUGAAGAGCUUGUAGGCUCGACGAUGAUUGCAGAGCGAUCGACCCUCGAUUGAUCCGCCUGAAGGGAAUCAAUUUUAAAUAUCAAAACAAACAGUUUCUUACUCCAUAUUAUGUCAGACACAGCACCAACGAAAAGAUUUGAACAGCCGAUCUGCAUUCUACCUCCGUUGGGAUAGAAAUCAACGUCUCCCAUCGGCUGCCAGGAACCCAAUCCUCCCAAAAUCAACUGUUCUCCAUUGCUGUGUAUGACGUCUACGAAAUUAGCAUCUGUCUCGUCUAGUCUUGCUCGAGGAUCCUGGGAUUCAAAGAGGGGCCCUGCAGGGUCGAGACCUGUAGGGACACACAUUCGCCUAUCAACCCUAUAGAUUACCUGUGAUCCUGGAUACAUUUCCGAGCUCUGCUCCAGCGAAUCCAGCGACAUGAGCUCCCAGGCUAAAUCCAAUGAAGUGCACCUUAUCAAGAGAGAUAUUCAGUCCUCUUAUCAACUUGGCCAGUUGCCUUCCUACGAGACGAGUAUUUGCCGCUGCUCUUACAUAAUUCGGGAGGACACUGCCUGGACCCCAGUCCACGCAAACUAGACAAUAGAAAAGAAUAUAAUAGAGGUAAACAUGUCGAGGAAGUCGAUUCUAGAUAAUACUCGGACAAUUUUACGUAUAGACUAUCCGGGAUUAUCAUGAGAUUUAUCAGGUAAA